CGACGUUCAUCUCAGCGUGCGAAGAAAAUGGCGGACGCAAUGAACGUUGGUGUGAAUUUAGAAGCAUUUUCUCAAGCAAUAAGUGCUAUUCAAGCACUUCGUUCAAGUGUAACAAGGGUUUUUGACUCUCUGAAAGAUGGGAUGAAAAACAAAGAAACCCUCGAAGGACGCGAAAAGGUUUUUAUUACCGAGUUUCAAGAUAACCUGCAGUCUGUGAAUCGUGACUUGAAUGAAUUGGAACGCCUCAGUACCCUGGUUGGCAGACCUUCAGAGAGUCAUCCCCUUCACAACAGUGGCCUGUUGAGUCUGGACCCAGUUCAGGACAAGACCCCGCUGUACAGUCAGCUCCUUCAGGCAUACAAGUGGUCUAACAAGUUACAAUACCAUGCUGGCUUGGCGUCCAGUCUUCUCAACCAGCAGUCACUCAAGCGCUCAGCUAACCAAAUGGGGGCAUCAGCCAAGAGAAGACCCAAAGUCCAGCCCAGUACCCUGGUUCUGCCACCACAGUAUGUGGACGACGUGAUAUCGAGGAUCGGCCGGAUGUUCCCAGACAUGUCGAUUGAACUCUUCCGACCCAAUGGGACAUCGGCAGUACUUCUGGUGACGUUGGGGAAAGUGCUGAAAACCAUUGUGGUGAUGAGAAGCCUGUUCAUAGACCGAACCAUCGUGAGAGGAUUCAACGAGAACGUGUAUUCCGAGGAUGGCAAGCUGGAUAUCUGGUCGAAGUCAAACUAUCAAGUAUUUCAAAAGGUUACGGAUCACGCCACCACUGCUCUGCUGCACUACCAACUCCCCCAGAUGCCCGACGUGGUGGUACGUUCCUUCAUGACCUGGCUAAGAAGCUACAUCAAGCUGUUCCAGACCCCGUGUCAGCGUUGUGGGAAGUUCCUGCAGGAGGGCCUUCCCCCGACCUGGAGAGACUUUCGCACCCUGGAAGCCUUCCACGACACGUGUAGGCAAUGAGGAAUCAGCGGGGAAAGGUUCCAUUAGAAACUGUUCUGACACCCCAUCUAAUAAGACAUGGCAAGACUUCACCUGCUCUUCAACCUCUGCCUACACUGUGCAUGUAGGCAUCAGCACUGUUGUUUAUAGACUGUAUGUCACUGCCUUAUAGUCCUCUUCCUGAUUGAAUGGGCAUCAGGAAGCCAACUGGGUUGGAAUGGGAGGGAGAGGGAUCUAAUCAAAUCUGCCAAGACUGCCACUAUUGGCUCUUCUGCCCUCAUUGCCACAUAGGGAUGAGCCAGUAGUGGCAGUCCCGGUGGUUUGAUUUGAAUUGUGUUGUUGUCCUCCCACUGUGUAGGAUGAUGUCAUAUUAAUGAGUCUACUCACGUUUAACCCAAUCUCACACUUUAACCCAAUCUCACAGCUCCAAAUGUUUGCCAUAUAAUAAAUUGUUCAGUGCUCCUGCUCCAGCCCCCUUUUUAUUUAGGUUCUGCACAACCAGAAGCUCCAAAUAAUAAUAAAAUAAGUUAUUUCUCAGCAAAGUUAGAGCGAACACAUUUAUGGCCCAAGUAUUGUGCAGUUUGUUUGUCAUUGUGUUGUAUCCCUUCUGUACAGGAGCUGGGUUUAAUAUUUCAUGAACCAUGCUGGAUAUGUGGAGGAAAAAGGCUUUUUUGUGAGGCGGGAGUUAAAAAGGCAGGUGUAGGGAAUUGCUCAUUUUGUAGAAUUAGGCGGCAGACUUUUUUGUACACUUUCAAAAUAAUCUGUGCUUUUUUUUGAUAACCAUUGUCUAAAUAAAGUACAACAUUUUGUUUAA